CAAUGGAGAGCAAGAUGCUUUUCACACUGUUCCUGCUGAUCUGCUGGCUUUCCACGGUUCAGACUGAAACGGCACCUGCCAAAAAAAUAAAUCAACAUGGAAAAGAAGAUGAAAAUGAGAAAGACAUCCACUCUGUGCUGAGAGAGAUGACCGCCAUGCUCGCUAAACAGAGCGUUGAAAUAAUGUACUUACAGAAAGAAAAUGAAGCACAGGCAGCCAAACUGAGAGAUCUGGAAGCGCAAAAGGCUGAAGUGGACAAACUGAAGCAGCAGGCAAAAGCACAAGCUGAAGAACUGAACACAAUUAAAGUGAGGACAAAUGUCACUGAAAACCAAGUGAAGGCUCUCAGGAGAGACUGGGAAGUCAAACAGGUGGCUUUCUCAGCCUCUCUGUUGGCUUCAGGGUCAAGAACUCUAGGACCAUAUAAUACAAAUGUACCUCUGAUCUUCAGAAAUGUCGUCACAAACAUUGGAAAUGCCUACAACCCAAACACAGGUUUUUUCACUGCACCGGUGAAAGGAGCCUACCACUUUGAGCUCCACAUUGGUGGACAUGGACACUCUUCACGUGGAUCUGGUGCUAUGUUGGUCAAGAACGGACAUCAUAUUUUUAUCGCAUAUGAGCAUCAGCCAUCCUAUUAUGGAAAGUCUUCCAAUGGGGCCACACUGAUGCUAGAGGAAGGAGAUGUUGUGUUUUUGCUUCACUGGUAUCACACAAAAAUCUAUGACGAUGCAAAUCACCACACCACCUUCAGCGGUCAUCUACUGUUCACCAUGUGAAAGGAAAACAUAUGUCUUUUAAUCUUCUUUAUUUGUUUUCAUUUUCACCUUUUUAUUCCUUUUAGUAGAUAUUUGACAUAUUUCAGUGGUAUUACACUGAAAAUGCUCACAGGCCUCAGAGACAACAGUCAGAUUGUAGAUAUUCCAGUUCUGUUUCAUUACUGUAAGUAUUUGGUUGUAGACGUUCAUUACAGUCAGUACCUCUUAAACUUUAGUUGAACAUGUUGACACGGCAGCAGUGUGUCAGCAUUUACUGAUGAAAGUAAUUUCAUCUGUUAUAUAUGAAAUCUGGAUGAUAAACCAGUGCUGCUACGUCUUGAUUUAAAGGGAAACUUGAGUUAUUGUUGUGUUUGAAGGGAAUCUUUAAUACUUGCUUUAUUUGAAACAUUCUAAAAUGUUCAGAUCAGUGACACAAUCUCUUUACAUGUUGUUUGUUUGACCAGUUCUAAACCACUCCACAUUCACUGUCUGAUGGUUCUUUUUCUGUUUGUUUUGACUUCAUUUCCUAAAACAGAUUUUGAUCAACAUGAACAAUUCCAGGGUUUAUAGAAUACUUUAUAAUCAAUCAUUGGUUGUGUUUAAAUUUUUUAAGGCUUUUUCUCAAAAUUACAGGAAGUCUCUCACUUACUGGACUGUUUUUACUUAUAGAAGAAUAAACAUAAUCUUCUGAUGUGUCUCAUAUGUGUGAUGUGUGUUUCAUAAAAGCUCAAAGACAUAUUAUCAUACCAACAGCA